UAUCGGUAGUGAAAUGCGACGCCAUAUUGCUAAACUUCGUGUGCAAUCGUUGAAUUUCGUUUGGACACAUGUCGGGACCUAUGUUCAGCAGUUUCGUUCAAUAGAGAAGCUUGUCGAGAAGCCCGCCUUUCUGAAUAUACAUUUUUCGUAGAUUAAAUCAUAAUUAUUUUAAUAUAUUAUCAUUUUAUAUUAACUGUAACUAUUUGUGUUGUGUAUUUGUAUUUGAUUUUAUAAACAAACAGUAUUAUUGACUUGAAUCUCCUAAAGUUUUAAAACGUUAAAAAUUAUUACAUGAGUAGCUUGUGACAUUGUCUUACAUAUUAUAUAUUUUCUAUGAUGGAAGCUUUAAGAAGUGAUAUAUUACAUACUCCUGACUCUAUACAUUCUUUGUCUUGUAUUAACACACAUAAUAUUGAUGAACUAUCAAAAGAAAAAGAAGAGGAGUUGUUAUAUAGUACAGGUGAUGAUGGUGAUGAAGAAGAUGCUCUUUCAGAUGAUAGUAUGCGUUUAAGACUCUCUGAUGAUGAAAUUGAGACAGAAGAUAUUUUAACACCUGUUUUAGAUAAUCAAGAAAACACAUCAAAAACUAAUGAAAUUGAAAUGACAUCUACAAGAACUGAAGAUAUGGCAAUUUCUUCUAUCCCAGAAAAAGAUAUAAUGAAUACAGAAGCAGAUAUAAAGAAGAGGGAACACAGUUCAGAUAAUGAUUCGGAUGAAAAAAUACUAAUUGAUUAUGAAAAAAUUGUUAAGAAAGGUGAAAGUGAGCUGAUGAGAAGACCACGAACAGCUAAUGUUCCUCAUCUAUGGCAAAGUUAUGGAUCACAAUAUAAGUAUCCUAGAACUUCCAAUGGCCGUUCUUUUCAUUGGGUUAAUCAAAGAUUUCGUCAUUUAACACCUAGAGGACGUUAUAGACUUCAAUAUAACUGUAAUACAAGAUUUUAUAAUGGAUUUGGUCCUUUCGAACGAGGAAGAGGCAAUGGAAUAUUUCAUUCAUAUAGAUCGAUUUAUGGUGGUAGAUGUCAAAAGAAAGGCUUUAGUUCUAAUACAAUGCACAAGCAAAAUAGUUCAAUGGAAUCUAAUGUAAGUCCUAUGUCUCCAUCAAAUAAAAACAUAUCUUUAGAAGCUGAAGUUAAUGAUGAUAUUGAAACUAUAAAAAUUGAUAAUGAUGCAACAAUAGAUGGAGAUAGUAUAUUAUGUAGCAAAUCUUUAGUUAAUAGCGACAAGAAUGACCAUUCAAAUGAAUCAUUAAGUGAAAAAGUUGAAAACACUCCUAUUAAAAAUAUUAGAAAAGAAAAUUCUGUUAACACUGAUUCUGUUAAUAAUUCAUUAGAACUAAAACAUGACUUGGAAAAAAAUACAAAAAUAAAAGUAUCUAAUGAUCCUGAAUGUAAAAAUACUACAAUCCAUACUUUGAAUGACAAUUCUAAUGAAAAUCCUCUAAAUUCUGAAACUGAUUCUCAUAAUGAUAAUAAUAGUAAGCAAAAAGAUGAAAUAAGUAAAAACAAUAUGAAUAAUGCAAAUAUUGAUUUUAGCGAUUUUUGUAAUUCUAACAAUUUCAAAGUGGAAGCAUUGAAUAUAGAUAUAAAAUGUAAAUCUGGUAAAGAUGAAACUAUUAAAUAUACUGAAGGAAAAAGUAAUCAAGAACAAUACAAAAGUAUAAAUAAUGAGGAACAAGAUAAUAUAACUAAAAUAACUGAUAUAAAAUGUAAAUCUGAUAAAGAUGAAGCUAUAAAAUAUACUGAAGGAAAAAGUAAUCAAGAACAAUAUAAAAGUAUAAAUAAUGAAGAACAAAAUGAAAUAAGUAAAAUAACUGACCCAAAUGAAAGUACAGAAAUUAAAGAAGUCUAUAAAUUAGAAGAACAAGAUCUUAAUAGAAAUAAGAAAUUAACAGAACUCAGUCAAGAGAUAGAACUAUCUGGAAACAAUGGUAAAACUACUGUUUUAGGUUCCUUAGAAGAAAAGGAAAUAGUAAAUAAUGAUAUAAUACUAAAUGGAAAAGUAACAAAUUAUAAGACAGAUGAAAUUCUUAGGGAUAAAAAAAAGAAAAUUUCUUCUGAAGAUAUGAAAUCAAAGAAAGAUUGUGAAAACAGUGAGUUUAAAUCAACAACUGUAUUAAAUAAUGUAACUAGCAACAAAAAUGGUAAUGUGCCAGAAAAAACAGUUAUUAAGAGUGUAAAAUGUGAUAAUCAAUUAAAAAGUAGUGAUAAUAGUACAAAUUCUAUUGAAACUGGUAAAUCCAAUGCUUCUGAAAAUCAAUUAACUCAUCCUAUAAUUGAUCUUUGGGAACAAAAUAAGGAUGUUACUGAAAAAGAUAUAAAAACUACAGGAAAGGAAAACUCAAUAAUAAAUUCUGCAAGUAAAAAAAAUUUAAGCGAAUACAUUGAAUUGAUGUUGGAUAAAAAUAGUUUACCUAGUGCAGAACUAGAACCUAGUGUAAUCACAGAAAAUGAUUCAUUAGAUUUUGUUACUAAUACAAAAAAUAAUAGUGAUGAUAGUGAUAAAAGAACUGUUGAAGUUCCUGUGACUACUCAAAGAAGGAAAAGACGAUCAAAAAGAGAGAUUGCUGUAGUAGAGCAAAUGAAUUGUGCAGAAGAAAAACAAGCAGAGAGGGAAAGUGGAAGACGGAAGAGACGAACAGCUAAAAAUGCAGAAGAAAUUAUAAGGACAAAAUUCCUUCAUAGUGAUGUAGAAUCUAGUGAUGAUUCAGAAAAGUUUGUAGCUAUAAAUUUUAAAAUGAAUCAAGAUGCACGUCCUUCAUCGCCACCUUCAUUAAAAAGGAUUUGUUCUGAUACUGAUACUCAUGUUAUGAAUGGUGGUGUUAAGAAAAUUAAAGUAAAUUUUGAAGAACGAUGUAAUGAAUUAAAAACACAAGAAAAUACUUCUGACAACAUCAAGAACCUUAACUAUAUUCAUAAAUUUUUCCAAAGAGACUUGAAUGAAAAACUGCCAAAAUUAAAACAGGAAGAAUUAGAAGAACUUCUGAUACAAAAAAUUGUUGAAACUAUUACUAUGCGCGACGAAAUUGGUAAACUAAGAGAACAAGCACGUAUAUCAGAAAAAAAUCAAGAAGUAACGCGUGCAAAAUGUCAACAAUUAGCUAAACAAAUUAAAGAUUUUGAAAUGGUAUUAAACCGUAAUGCGGCAGAUCGGCGCGCGAGUAACGAUAAAUUCACUCCACCAAUUAAGAUCAAUAGAUCUGUUGGAUUACAAGUUAAUUUUGUAACGGAUCAUGUAAUGCAAAAUUUAAGGCAAUUACAACAGAAUUCUAAUAUGAAGUCUCUACAUGUUUCAAGUAGUAAUAAUGCAUCAAAUACUUCUGUUAAUGAAACAAAUAAUGCAACCAGUCCAAGGAGAGGAAUUAAAACAAGAUCACCCAGGAAAACUGAGCCAAUAAAUGGACAAACUUCUGUGGUGGCACAAAGUCAUACUCAAUCUCCAAACAUUAUGACUACUAUCACUCCUGCAGCUUUGGUUGUUGCUAAACCCAUAGAUUCACAGCACCCUCUAACAUUAUCAAAUCAGUCUAAUGUUCAACAAAUUAUAUCAAAUCAACAGAUACAACCACAACAAUCACAGCAAGCUAUAAUUUUAAAUGGAAAAUUUUCAAAUCAGAUAAAUCGUCAAGGAUCCACUACAACAAACGUCGCAAAAUCUCGUGCAAACGAUCUUAUUGAUCUUACGGAUGAAGAAGAGAAAAGUAAAGCUACUACUGGUGUACCAGUUGUAACAACUACAGUAACUGAUCAACAAGUAAAUUUAACACAAAAAACACAACAACCUUGCUUCCAAAGGGUAAUUCAGACUAUUCCUGGGAAUGUAGCCAUAACAAGUCAACCGCCUAGUAUAAGAGUAGUACAACCUGCUAGUCAGCCAACACCUACUGCUUUAGUGAAUAAUAUGAAUGCGCCUCGAUUAGCAUAUGUGAUGCCAACAAGGCAAUUAUUAAUAACACCAAAUUCCAGUCCGAUACGGCCCGUGACUUCGUGUAGAGCUUCAUUUCCAACUUUAACGUAUAAAACGGGAAUAUCAACUAUUGCAAAUGGAACGGUGCGAUUUUUGACGACUCCAGCUACUUCUAAUGUACAGUUAAAUAAGCAUCCAGCACCCUUACCUGAUACGCGUAAUUAUGCUGUAAAUCCUCUUUGGAAACUUUCACCACCAGCUCCAUCAUUAAAAAUUUCUAAAGUUGCACAUGGAAUAGUAUUAUCUUGGAAUAUGAAUUUGUCAGACAAGUAUGCAGAUAUUGUUAGUUACCAGUUGUAUGCGUACCAGGAAAUUGCUGGUGUUCCUCCUAACACGUCAUUGUGGAAGAAAGUAGGCGAUGUUCGAGCUUUACCACUACCUAUGGCGUGCACACUUACGCAAUUUUCUGAAGGAAAUAAUUAUCACUUCGCAGUUCGAGCAGUUGAUAUACAUUCCCGAAAAGGACAGUAUAGUAUACCUGGAAACAUUUCUUUAUAAAGUAUAUGAUAAAUUUUGAAUUAUUAUAUCAAUAUUAUUUUUACGCACAGUUAUAACAGUUCAUGACUCAUGUAACAACAAAUUCCGUACAGUCCUUUGCGUUAUCGUUCAAUUUAUUACAUUUAUUACAUGUAAAAUAUAUUUAAUUCAAUUACAGAAGUGUUUAUAAUGAUCAAAUAUGAUGUAUAGAUUACAUUACAAACGAAUUUGUUGUAUAGUAGUAACUAUCCAUUUAAUCAUAAGUAAUUCGUACAAUCCUUGGAAACUAUGAUACAAUUGUAGCUAACGUAUUUUUAUCCGACGUUUUUUAUACACCUCUUAAUUUAUAAAAUCAAAAAAUACAAAUCUUAAUUUUGACAAUAUACAUAUAGUUUACAUCCUUAUGUCUUUGCUCACAAAAUUGGAGCAUGAAGGCUCCAUGCAAUUUCGUGCCAUGUUUCAUGAAGUAUUAUCAUUUGAUACUGUGGAAUAAGCAAUUAUUAAACAUUUUAGAUUCCGUAUUUUGAACUUUAAGUAAUAGUAUA